ACGAUUACAAUAUCUCGUAUUAAUAACUGUCGUAAGUUAUUUUACGAUACGACGAAUAUUAAGGAUACGAAGACAUAAUGAAUCCCCUCAUUAUAUUCUUUAUCAUUCCUAUAAGAAUUUAUUUAAAAAUUACGACGGACCAAAGUUCGCAAGUCGUAAACUGAGUAAUUAUACGUUACGAAACCUCUUUUCCGUCAUACCCUUUGUUUUAGUAAGCAAUGCAUCCGUAUUUUUACGACAUCCUCUCUUUUCCAAAUCAACUUCCUUCACGGCUCAUUACACUUGAAUCACUCCUAGAAAAAAAUUUUAUUCCCGUAAUGUCGCGCAUCACUACUUCUUUCUUUCUCUGGUUCGUCAUCCAGGCCGAAUUGUCUCAUGGAAACAAAGACAACUUGAUGAACUUCCGAGUUGAAAUUCACGACGCCCCAGACACGGACAUGUUUGGCAAACCGGAUUUACAUAUCGAGGCGUACAAAUCUCACACGUCUUGCAUCCAAAGGACGAAACCAAUCGACGGCUCGUACAACCCCGCUUUUCCGGAAGUUUUCUCCUUCAAGUACGAGGACGAGUUCGUUGAGUUUGAUAUCUACGAAAAUGAGGCCAUCAAGGACUAUUGGAAACUCGGAGUAGCUAGCCUCUGGAUGCCGUACUUGAAGGGAGUGGCCCAUUACUCGGUGUCAGUCAGCAAGCCGGACGGCUCGUACAAAUCGGUCAAGAACAAAGCCGGCAAUGUGACCACCCUCCACAUUUUCAAGUAUUCAGGGGACUACGCCAAACUAAAAGUGCACGAAAAACCUAUUAUUGUUAGGUGCUAG